UUUCUCGAACACCGGCUGACUCGCAUGAUGGCCUAAGUAUAAUCGAAUAGUGCUGGUUAUUUUGGAAGGCCGUUUCGCUAUCGUUACUAAAUCGCAGUUAAUCAUUCGAGUCAUCCAUAUUGUCGAUCCAGCGACACUAAUCAACCACAAUGGAAAAUCGGCCCUGACGGUUGAAUCAAACGUCGACGGAGUACUUUCUUCGGUUUUUAAUCAGUUCAGCGGACCGUGCAUUUACCUUACAAUUAAAAAUAAUCGAUACGAAAACUGUCAAACGAAGUGUGUUAUGUCUAGGAUAUGUAACCAGGAAAAAAAAGAAAUUUGAAAUUAAUGUAAAGACAUACACCCAAGCAUAGUGGCGAAUGUAAAUGUAUAUCCUGAGCAUUCACAUACCUUUUUGUCCUAUUUUAAAUGAAGUUCUGUUCUUAUGAUAUCAUAUGGUCCAAUUUUGUAUUGAACAGAUGUCUUCGCCCCUGAAAACCACCGACUCCAAUGGAGUGAAAGUACGAUCAUAUCGAAGUGCUGAUUACAAGGAGUGUCGAGAAAUAUUCACUCAGGGAAUGGAGCAAUUGAUCAAGCUUGUGGCACAAGUGGUCUUCCCCAGAUACUGUUGGCUUCUAGCAGCUUUAAGUGCCUUUGUGUUUCUUGCUGCCAUAAAGUAUUCCCUGUGGCUUGUUCCCCUCUACAUAUUUGCUUGUUUAGUUGUACUUUCGCUUUUGUACGUGCAUGUUUAUCUGGAGUGUUGGAAGUACAUUAACCGUUGUUUGGCAACAGAUUUGAAGAAGAUUGAAAAGAUUUACAUGACCAAUGAUGGCUCCCACAUGUGGGUGGCUGAGUGGAAUGGUAAAGUUGUGGGAAUGGUUGGCCUUGUACACAAUGAAGGCCACAAACCAGGAGUCGCUGAACUUCAGAGGAUGUCUGUAUCAUCAGCCUGUAGAAGAAUGGGAAUUGCCAGGAAAUUGCUCGACGAGCUGCUCAAACAUGCCAAAGAACAGCAAUUUGAGAAGCUUGUAUUGACUACCACCAGUGCACAGACACCAGCCAUUCGACUUUACAAGAAAUACGGCUUCAAGCUUGUGGCAGUAUUUCCUUAUCCGAAAAAACUUCUUGCAGACAUGCAGUAUUCUUCCUUCGACCUCAGGCUGAACUGUUAGAACUGUCUUGAUCAAACCUUCAACUAUUGAUAUCCAGAUAUCAAUAUUAAUUUUCCCCCUACCUGUCUAAAUCCGAAAAUAUGGGGUUGAAUCGAACAUGUUAUGUUUUUUACUUCUUCCUAUCAACAUUUGGUUCAAAAUGUAAUCAAAUUGUAAGGAUUAAUACCAGUUUCGGUGACUCCUGAAGUAAGAUGGUUAAUAGUACAUGUAUCUACGGUUUACCGAAAUAAUUUUGAAUAUGUCAACAAAGUUGAAAUGGUAAAUUGACCACCGUUACGGUUAUAAAAGCCGACGUUUCGAGCGUUAGCCCUUCGUCGGAGCGAAUAGAGGAAUUGUGGGUUUACCCUUGAGCGUAGACGGUGGAAGCACUUCCUCAUAAUUCGAUUAACUGAACAGAUUUUCAGUUGAUUGUAGUCGAAAUAGAGGAUAUUUGCCAAACAGUCAUUCUGGACAUUAACUUAAAUCUCAGAUUUGCACUAUCCAGGCCUAUCUGUGGCUUCCAUGUGAUGGAACGACACUGGACUUAACAUUUGAAAAAAAAUUUCGUUAUCUUUUUCCUAAAAUGUUCAGGGCAUUUGCCCGCAUAAACGCUGUUAAGUUCGUGCUCGAAAUCGAUAGGUACAAAUGUUUUUUUUUAUUCAAUAUAGUAUAGGCAUGAUUCUAACUUGCAGUUCAUAUUGCUUUAGGCUGCUUGAUUGUAAACGUGUCGACGGUUAGAUGUUCUAUUUCGUGGAAACGAAUCUCUUCGAAGAUUGCGACGAAAUAUAAUGACAAUAGUUAUUACA